CGCUCAACUUCAUGAAGAGAGCAAGAAGAUUGCUAUACAUGUUUCUGCCUGAGGCAUAAAUCCUAUCUUAGCCUGAUAACAAGUAAUGGACGCAUUUAUUGUUCUCCAACUUUCUCAUGCGCCCUUACUGAGCAAUCCACUGCAAUUGACCCCGCUAUCAUUAUCAGACCAGUCGCGCAUAUAUACUGGCCGUUCUCUUGCCACUCGCGAGUGUCAAUUCCUAACAGCACGAACCACAGCCCUUCGGGGCAUGCAUGUGGGUUUCCACUGCUCUCCGCAGUCGCACGCCUUUCUGCCAGCAACUCCAUCGCAGCAAUAGCGAGCGAUGGCUCCUCCACCACGACGGAAUCUCCUGCCAAAGGAGCGAUUCGCAUUCGCGUUCGGCAGCCUCAAGACUCAAAGCUAUCAUGACCCCAUUGCAAGGGGUCCCGGGUCCCACACUAUCCGCACGAUAGCGUGGAAUCCCACCGGGCAGCUCAUCGCUACAGGCUCGGCCGAUCGAACCCUUCGCAUCUGGAACCCCGAGCGCCCAGCAGUCAAAUACUCGACCGAGCUGCGCGGCCAUUCCGCGGGCAUCGAGAAAGUGUUGUUCAACCCGGUGAAAGACUCGGAGCUGGCGAGUUGCUCGACGGAUGGUACCGUCAGGUUCUGGGAUGUGCGGUCGAAGACUUGUGUAAGCCGUCUCGAUGUCGGCGGAGAGGCAUUCACAAUGUCCUGGUCGGCGGACGGGAGAGUCCUUAUGGUGGGAAGAAAGGACGACACCCUGAUCCCCAUUUCGAUAGGAUCGCCCUCUUCAUCAUAUAUUCUGACUGACGGCGUCACCAACCACCCCCCUACAUCACCGAAUUCAAAAGAAGGAACGACAGCCUACACCGCACUAGAAUCCCAUCCACAGCCCGUACAGACCAACGCAACGACCUUCUCCCACCACAUCCCUACGCCCGCCUCUCCCGACUUGCAUCUCUUCGCCACGACAGGCGAAGGCACCGUCAAAAUCAUGUCGUACCCGUCCUUCGACAUCCUCCACACCCUUCACGCACACACAUCCGCAUGCCUCUCUAUAGCCCUCGCGCCUACAGGCCGGUACCUCGCCGUCGGCGGCAGCGACGCCCUGAUCUCGCUCUGGGAUACAACGGACUGGAUCUGCCGGCGCACAGUCUCGAGUAACAAUGGGGGUGCCAUCCGCGGCGUAAGCUGGAGCUUCGAUGGGCGUUUCGUCUGCGGCGCCUGCGACGAGGUAGGCUGCGGCGGGAACGGCCUGGAGAUCUUCCAUGCCGAAACAGGGGAGAGCGUCUACACAGUUCCUACGGGCGGCAGCAGUGCUUCUGGUAUACCGACUGUUGCGUGGCAUCCCUCGCGUUACUGGCUUGCGUACUCGACAACGGCUGACGGGCCUGGAAGCGCUGGUGCCGGAGGACUGAAGAUCGUCGGUGCGGCUGGUGGAAGUUUAUGAGCCUUGUUAGUCGUACUGUAGCAUGUACUAGGCUAAGAAGACCUAUUUGUUGGCGAACCUGAACCAGAAGAUGGUAUGGGAUAUUUUUGAUAUUUUUGCUCGUGGGAUGUGUUGCAUUGAGGCUAUUUCCAACUAUUGAAUCUG